CGCAUCUUUUCAAUUCAAACUUUUCCCCCAAAUUCGAAAACCCUAUACUCCCGGUCUCUAUUUCUGAUCUGCUCUCUCCCUCUCUAGCGCACUCACUGUCUCCGGCUCUUUGCUCGCUCGCUUCUCGGUUUCUUGCUACUCGCUCUGUCCAAUUUUCACCUGCGGCCGUCUCUGAUCCUUACGCUAUGGAAGAUCCAGUGGUGGAAAUUUUUCCGGAGAGUUGCUGCGGUGGUGCUGGCUCUGUACACUUCCGGGCGGAGCCUGCUUCUUUGUCGUCUUCUUUCUCAGAUCAAACUCCAGCUGCUGAAACAAAGGAAGGAGUUUCUCUGGAGCCGAUUGAGGAAGCCACCAGUUCAAUGGAGGAAGGUAACUUUUCAAGUGGGAGUAAAGAGGUUUCUUCAUCUCAGGAGCCUACAAUAAUGCCUAUGCUUCAGACAAUUACCAAUCUGAGCACUAAAAUUCAGAACUUGAAGAAUGAGCAUGCAGUUCUCUCAGAUCAAGUUAAAAAUAUCUCAACGGAUUUCUUUGCUCAGCCUGAACUUGUGGGUGCUCUUCAACUUCUUGGUAAAGAGCAUGAACAUCUAAAGAAGAAGUUUGUGCAACAACAAGUUGAGAGGAAGAGGCUCUACAAUGAAGUGAUUGAGCUUAAAGGAAAUAUCAGGGUCUUCUGCAGGUGUAGACCACUAAACCAAGCUGAGGUUGAGAAAGGAUGCAACAAUGUGGCUGAAUUCGACUCGUGCCAAGAAAAUGAGCUCCACAUUCUUGCUGCUGAUUCUUCAAAAAAGACGUUCAAGUUUGACCAUGUCUUCAGACCAGAUGAUAACCAAGAAGCUGUAUUCGCCGAAACCAAACCCAUUGUGACUUCAGUGUUGGAUGGCUAUAAUGUCUGCAUCUUCGCCUAUGGGCAAACUGGAACUGGGAAGACAUUUACUAUGGAGGGUACACCUGAACAUAGAGGAGUGAACUACAGGACUCUAGAAGAGCUCUUUCGUGUUUCUGAAGAACGAAGGGGAUUUAUGAAAUACGAGUUAUUUGUCAGCAUGUUGGAAGUUUACAAUGAGAAGUUGAGAGACCUUCUAGUGGUGAACCCCAGCGAGAUUUCAAAAAGGUUGGAGAUAAAGCAAGCUGCUGAUGGAACUCAAGAAGUGCCGGGGCUCGUUGAAUCUCAUGUCUCUAGCACAGAGGAAGUAUGGAAGAUACUUCAGUCAGGAAACUGCAUAAGAUCAGUUGGUUCCACAAGCGCCAAUGAACAAAGCAGCCGUUCUCACUGCUUAUUACGAGUCACAGUGAACGGGGAGAGUUUAAUCGACGGGUUGAAGACAAAGAGCCACCUUUGGCUCGUGGACUUGGCUGGAAGCGAGCGUGUUGGGAAAAUUGAAGUUGAAGGCGAGAGAUUGAAGGAAUCCCAGUUCAUAAACAAGUCUCUCUCAGCCCUUGGUGACGUCAUUUCUGCUCUUGCUUCUAAAUCAAGCCACAUUCCUUACAGGAACUCAAAGCUUACUCACAUGCUGCAGAAUUCUCUAGGAGAGGAUUGCAAGACCCUUAUGUUUGUCCAGAUAAGCCCUAGUUCGGCUGACUUGGGAGAGACCCUUUGCUCUUUGAAUUUCGCCACACGUGUCAGGGGUGUGGAAACAGGUCCUGCGCGCAAACAUUCAGAUCACAAUGAGCUCUUGAAGUACAAGCAAAUGGUGGACAAGCUGAAGCAUGACGAGAAGGAAACAAAGAAGUUGCGAGACAGUAACCACGCUUUACAGUUGCGGCUCACUACCAAAGAAUCCAUUUGCAGGAGUCUUCAAGAAAAGGUACGGGAGCUUGAGAACCAGCUAGAGGAGGAAAAGAAGACUAGAAUCAAGCAGGAAAACAGAGCUUUUGCUUCAAUUGCUUCUGCUCGGUCUUUGUUCUCAUCCAUAAGACCAACUUCAGCAGUAACAGAGAAUAGCUACAACAACAGCAAGGGAGGAGAGAGAAAGCCGCCUCUCGCUCCUCCUCCUUCGAAGCUGAGGGUGCCACUGCGUGGAAUUACAAACUUACCUUCAACAGGUGACAAGGGAGCCGCCGCCACGUGGAAGAGAAAGGAGAACGUGGUGCCUACUAGACCCUCAGCCGCCGUCACCACAGCAAUCCCACCACCACCAUCAGCAGCGGCGAACAGCAACAGAUUGAAAGCGCGGCGUGGUUCCUUCGCAGUCCGACCUGCUCCUCCGCCGGCGGAAGUCCGUCUGCCGAAGCGACGAGUCUCCCUCGCCACGCUCAUCCCGGAACCAGGCAUCUCAUCAUCGUCAUCAUCAACCAUUUCGACUCCUCUCGUGGCACAGCGGCGGCCUUCGUUCAUCAGGAAGCAGAGGUAUUCGAGGCUGUUCUCGCCGUUGCCGGAGGCUUCCGGGACGCCCGCGCGGACGGUGGCGGAGACGCCUGCGAGGAUUAGCAGCAAGUUCAUGGGGAGCCCACCACCGCCUGGUUCGUGGAAGCCGAAGCAUCCAACGGUGGUUGCGCUGCAGAGGAGGUCUCUGGUGUGGAGUCCUCUCAGGUUGCGAGGGGCGAAGAAUAACGGUGGUGGCGCCGUCCGGCGGCCGUCUCUAGUUAGUGCUGUGAGGAGCCAGCAUUAGCUAAAAACUUGGAUCGAAAUUGCUGGUCAUGGGAGGAAAUGUCUUGUUGUUGCCGUGAUUUCCCUCUUCCAUUUCUAUGACCAUCCUUUACUUAAGGAUUGUUAUUCGAUAUUGCCUGAUUGAUGACGAUCUUGUGUAAGAAGAGCAUAGUGGAGGGAUUUAUAUUAGAGUCCUGUCAAUAGUUUCGCCUCUGUUUCUUCUCCUUGUAUGUUCAACUUAAUCCGAAUUAACCAUUCUAUUUUAGUUCUACUGGCAAAAGUUAGCUCGCGGUUGAUUCGCGUAUUAGAAAAAUAAAUAUUUUAAAUGUAA